ACUCUUGUGCUUUUGGCCUCAGCAGGGGUCUCAGGGACUGGGGCCUUGUCCAGCGCAGAUGAGUUUGUGGAAGAGAGCACUGGAGGUUCGGGUCCAGGCGUAAAGCCUGGGGCUUCCAAUGAUACUCUGGGCAGCGAUGGAAGACUAGAUGCCUCACCGCAAGGAGCGGCAGAGCGGGUCCUCGCUUCACGCCCAAGGCACCGCGGAGGGAGGAAGCAUGUCCCGGCUGUCUCUUACCCGGUCACCCGUGUCUCCCCUGGCGGCCCAGGGGAUCCCCCUGCCAGCCCAGCUCACCAAGUCCAACGCGCCUGUGCACAUCGACGUAGGCGGCCACAUGUACACCAGCAGCUUGGCCACACUCACCAAGUACCCCGACUCCAGGAUCAGCCGCCUCUUCAACGGCACCGAACCCAUCGUCCUGGACAGUCUGAAGCAACAUUAUUUUAUUGACCGGGACGGAGAGAUUUUCCGCUACAUUCUGAGCUUCCUGCGAACGUCCAAACUGCUGCUCCCGGACGACUUCAAGGACUUUCACCUGCUGUAUGAAGAGGCACGUUACUACCAGCUACAGCCCAUGGUGCGUGAGCUCGAGCGCUGGCAGCAGGAGCAAGAGCAACGGCGCCGAGGUCGGGCCUGUGACUGCUUGGUGGUGCGGGUCACGCCAGACCUGGGGGAGCGCAUCGCACUCAGCGGCGAGAAGGCCCUCAUCGAGGAGGUCUUUCCCGAGACGGGCGACGUCAUGUGCAACUCGGUCAAUGCCGGCUGGAACCAGGACCCCACACACGUCAUUCGCUUCCCGCUCAAUGGCUACUGCCGGCUCAACUCAGUGCAGGUCCUGGAGCGGCUCUUCCAGCGUGGGUUCAGCGUGGCUGCAUCGUGUGGGGGCGGCGUGGACUCAUCUCAGUUCAGCGAGUACGUGCUAUGCCGGGAGGAGAGGCGGCCGCAGCCCGCGCCCACUGCCGUAAGGAUAAAGCAGGAGCCCCUGGACUAGGUCCUGCCACGUACCCACAAACAGUGCCCACCGAGUGGCGGGCAUGAGACUGCUGGGAGGGCUGGAGGGUCCAGAGCUGACCCAGGAAGCCCCAGGCCCGGGUGGUCUCAGCGGUGCAGCAGGUACUGUGUGUGCCUGUCGGAGACUGUUGACGGGACCCAGAGAUGCGCCAUGUGGGGGGACUCUGGCCAGUUCCCCCCCAGCCUGGUGUCGCACCCCCUGUGGCUGUGGGGCCUCCACAGCUGGCAGGACGCAGCACCCUUUGCCCUGAUGGCGGCGUUGUGGGUUUGCUGACACCGAAGAUGGCUUAUUUUUCUACAGUAUUUAAGACAGAAGCAGCUGUUUUGGCACAAGACGAAGAGGCCGACGAGGACUCCCCGCUUCUUUAUCUGGUGCUCAGUUCUCAGCUGCACCUGCAGCCACCUGCCGUAGGAAUGAGACAUGGGUCCCUGCGCUAGGGCCAGACUUGGGGAUCGCAGUGCAGUGGGUGGGAGAAGAGCAGGAGUUUCUGGGACCAUCUGAACUUGACUGUGAUUGUCCCCAGGGCUCAGGCCCCACCUGGCUUUGGUGGACCCACAAGCGUCCAGCCCUACCUGUGUGCAGCAGCAUUCCUGGGUUCCUUCCUCAUGGCCCCAGGGCCACACCAAUCCUUACCUCAGGCAUGGGGCCACCCCACCCCUUUGGUGAAGGGGUGAAGGGGCCAGGCCAGCAGCAGCAGCAACAGCACCCUCUGGGUCCCCAGCUCAGGAAGCCAUCCCCAGCUCCGUUUUUUCCACACUAAUAUGCACACUGAAUCUUAAUGAACUCUGUCACUCUAGCCUGCCCCUAAGACCCACUCACAGGCAGACCCUGGGUUUCCCCCACACCCCCGUUCCCAUGAGAACUGGCACGAGGGGUUAUCACAGACCAGCUGCUUUAAGAUGCCAGGUCCAGAAACGGACACCUCAGUUUUGUCUCUCUUCCCGAGGAACCGGAACUGCUCUGUGGGGGGGCGCCCUGGCUGCCCCACCUUGCAGCCAAGGCCUGUAGACCUGUAUAUGAUUCCUUUAAUAUUGUAAAGAUGCUAAUGUACAACUGUCGUGUGUUUAUGUGAACACAUUGCGUUCCUAGUUCAUGCCAUAAAUGAUGCUAUCGAGCGAAA